GAAAUAACAAGAAUUUAGGGCUUCCAUUCAUCGUCCCUGUCAAACCGCCGUGCUCUGCUCUUUCCAAAUGACAAAGAGGACAAAGAAGGCUGGCAUUGUUGGAAAGUAUGGUACCCGUUAUGGUGCUAGUCUGCGAAAGCAGAUCAAGAAAAUGGAGGUCAGCCAACACAGCAAAUAUUUCUGUGAAUUCUGUGGAAAGUAUGCAGUGAAGAGAAAGGCGGUUGGAAUUUGGGGUUGUAAGGAUUGUGGGAAAGUGAAGGCAGGUGGUGCAUACACAUUAAACACUGCGAGUGCUGUGACGGUCAGGAGCACUAUUCGAAGGCUGAGGGAGCAAACAGAGAGUUAAGUGCAGAUUUGAAGUUAGCAGAAUGAUUUAUCACACCACACCUCAAUGUUUGAAGUCUUUCAUUCAUUUACUCUUGUUAGUGUCAUCAUUUUUGUAGUAUGGGUUCUGACAAUUUUGUUGGAUCAAACCAUUUGAAGUCUUUUGAUGUUAAAUUAUGGAUACAUGAAAUGAUCUUGGCAUUUAGCAGUUUUGUUUUUA